UUACAGGUAAGUUAGUGUGGCCACGAAUGUUCAGUGAAUUGUCAAGGUGCAGUGUGAGUAAUACCAAGACAUUGCACAACUUUUAGGAAUGUACACAACUACGCACAAAUAAGAUAUAGCAAGGAUGGGGGUUCGGAGAAAAAGCGUUUUAUUUACAACUGUACUGCUAGCAUGCAUCAACUGCAGCUAUGGAUGUGCAGUCACAGGGGCCAUCACUCCGACUCUAUUUCUGACUAGUUUUAGAGAUGUAGACAGAGGCACAAUUAUUGACACCGGUACAACAAAUAUCAUAGGUAUGCAGAUCCCUAAUUAUGGCGUAGAUCUGGGUGGAACUCCGUACAUCGUGAUAACCUUUGAAAAUAAUCGAGUGGUAGUUGUUACAAAUCACAACUAUGGAGAUUACGAGAAGUAUGAAACGGCCACGUUCAUAUCAGCCGAUGUUACAUUCACAUGUGCUCCAGGAAGUCCACAAACAAGCCUAACUGUGACAUUCAGGAUUGAUGUGGUAGAUACGAACAAUAAUGCCCCAGAAUUUAUACCAUCUAGUGGUGUUGUGUAUACCAUCUCAACGCCAGUGCCACCAUACUACGAGAUAACAGGUUGCGGUAACGAAAUUGUGGUUCGUGAUAUAGAUCUAACUACAAAUGCAGUACAUUUCACAGUAGACAAUCCAGACUUUGAAAUUCAGAGCGUAGUACCAACUGAGAGACCAAAAGAAUUCAAAGCUAUGUUAAGAACUACUACUUUAAUCAGAAGUAUUCCAGAGGACAUCGUUUUGAGGAUAACUGCAACCGACGAAGAUUUAACCGGAGAUCCUCCUUUGACAACUGAAACUAUGAUUACCAUCGCUGGCAACAGGGAUUUCUUGAUGCCCGAUGAAUUGGGUUUCUCUCAAACGUUUUAUCAGCAUAAUUACGAUAUCAAUAACAACGCCAUCGUGCCUUCUCAACCUAUUGUUCUGGAAAAUGGUUUUGAUGAUAAAGUGGACAUCUUCUUAUAUGGAGGAUUAUCAAACCACUUCAAACUCGACACAAACGGUAACACGGCAACACUUAGGCUGGAGACUGCUCUACCAGACAGUGUGUUCUCAAAUCAGUACAUCUUCUUUGAAGUAAGAGCUGAAAGAGAAGACACUAUAGGAACUGCUGCCACGAUAAUAAUACAACUACCUGAAGCCAGAGAAUUGAUGUUUGAAGAAUCAUCUUACAGAGGAAGUAUUCAGAACAAUGACAUAGCUCUUGGAAAUAUUCGACUAGCAGUUGGUUAUGACGAGAAAGUAAAAUUUGAUCUUCAUGGAGAAUUCUCAACCCACUUCACUCUAAACGACGAGAAGAACGGUCAAGUAACAUUGAAUGUAAACCCAACAAUACCCGAAAAUGUGAUAUUAGAAAACAACCUCAUAUAUUUGACCGUCACGGCAUCGGGGGUCAACGCAAUAACGACAACCACAAGUAUCCUUCUUGAUAUAAUAAAGGCCGACCAUACGACACCUGUGUUCAGUCGUAAUAUUUACUACGGUACAUACUUGGGAAACACAAUAGAUAUACAAAAUAUUAACCUCAUACAGGGUUUCGAUAAAUACGUGAAGUUCAGGCUGGAUGGAGAGCAUUCAAACUAUUUCCAAAUUUCUGGGGAAGACAACGAUAUGCAGUUGACUUUGCGUCCUGAAAACAUACCGGAAGAUGUAAUUUUCAACGAGAAAGUUUUGGUGUUCAAUGUUCUAGCAGAAAAAGCAUUAACUGUUGGUGCUCACGCAGUUAUUGUGAUAAGAUUCCCGCCGGAUUUAACAAACACGGCUAUCAUGUCGUUUUCACAAAACGCAUAUCUCGGAAAAUAUGAAAAUAAUGAACUCGAAGUGGAUCAAGUGGUUCUAACGUCAGGAUAUGCUCCAGGCACUGAAUUUAUAAUAACUGGGGAAUACGAAACAUAUUUCCAAAGAUCAGUAGAGGAAAAUACAGUAUCACUGGCUCUUGAUAAAACUUUACCAACUGAUACAAUACCAGGCCCAUUUAUAGUGUUGGAAAUAGAAGCUAGAAGGGAAAGGGCUGCAUCAGUAUGGACAAGUGUAAUUAUUAACAUUGUAGAACAGGAAAUUGUGCAUCCUGUAUUCACUAACGCUUAUUAUGUGGGUAUUUAUAAUGCUGACACGGAAGUAUUACAAUUUGAUGAAAUAAUUUCCUUAUUUUCUGGCUUUGAUGACACAGUAACGUUCCACUUGGAAGGAGAACACUCCGACCUGUUUCGAUUGGUACCAGGUUCUGAUACCAAUUCGUACAAAAUAGAUACUAAAGAAUCUUUACCAAAAGAUCUACUACUCGAUCGAGGACAUAUCAUAUUAACUGUCCUCGCCAGAAAGCCAGGAGCGAAUGCUGCCCAUUCUGCCAUUGUCAUUGAAAUAAAAAAAGAAAGUUUGCAAUCUCCGAUCAUCAGGUUUGAAAGGGUAUCUUACGUCGGUUCAAUAGAGAACAACUUGGUGAAUCUAGUGCCGAUAAGACUGACCGAGGGGUACACGGACGACGUCCAGUUUGCUUUACACGGAGCACUUUCUGAAUAUUUCACGAUUCCGAAUGACGGACCCGUCAUCAAUUUACAAUUGCCAACCUCCAUCCCCGCCGACCUGAUACCUGCAAGCAGUACCAUUGUGCUCGACAUCCGAGCGUCGUUACCGGAGACCGCUACCACGUUUGCCACCAUCGUGCUCGACGUGAUCACGGAGAACGACGAAAACCCAGCCGUCCAACUAGGCUUUGACGCGGUCUAUUACACAGGAUCGUACGGCACUAGUGGACUUUCUAUGGAUUCACGAAUCGUUUUGUCGGAAGGAUUCGAAGAAGGGGUCCACUUUAGUCUAGAAGGAGCCAAUGCGCAAUGGUUCCGUGUGGUCCCAACCCAGAAUGUGGCAACUUUGGUUGUCCAAAGUGGUAUACCAGAGGCGGUGCUCAUUAGCAACCAGCAGCUCGUGUUCACCAUUAAGGCUGAAAGACUUGGAAGCAUCACAGCCCAAGCUGCGGUCGUCAUUUCUCUGCCAGAUGAAAAUCUAGAAACCUCGACCAUAGGCUUUGAAAGAGUAUCUUACAUCGGGUCAAUAGAGAAGAACGUGGUGAAUCUGGUACCUAUAAGACUGACCGAGGGGUACACGGACGACGUCCAGUUGGCUUUAUACGGAGCACUAUCUGAAUAUUUCACGAUUCCGAAUGACGGACCCGUCAUCAAUUUACAAUUGCCAACCCCCAUCCCUGCCGACUUGAUACCUGCAAGCGGUACCAUUGUUCUCGACAUCCGAGCGUCAUUACCGGAGACCGCUACCACGUUUGCCACUAUCGUGCUUGACGUGAUCACAGAGAACGACGAAAACCCAGCCGUCCAACUAGGCUUUGAUGCGGUCUAUUACACAGGAUCGUAUGGCACUAGUGGACUUUCCAUGGAUUCACGAAUCGUUUUGUCGGAAGGAUUCGAAGAAGGAGUCCACUUUAGUCUAGAAGGAGCCGAUGCGCAAUGGUUCCGUGUAGUCCCAACCCAGAAUGUGGCAACCUUGGUUGUCCAAAGUGGUAUACCAGAAGCGGUGCUCGUAAGCAACCAGCAGCUCGUGUUCACCAUUAAGGCUGAAAGACUGGGAAGCACCACAGCCCAAGCCGUAGUCGUUAUUUCUCUGCCGGAUGAAAAUCUAGAAACCUCAACCAUCGGGUUUGAAAGAGUUUCCUACGUCGGGUCCAUAGAAAACAACGUGGUGAAUCUAGUGCCGAUAACACUGACGGAGGGAUACACGAAUGACGUCCAGUUGGCUUUAUACGGAGCACUUUCUGAGUACUUCACGAUUCCGAAUGACGGACCCGUCAUCGAUUUACAAUUGCCAACCCCCAUCCCCACCGACUUGAUACCUGCAAGCGGUACCAUUGUUCUCGACAUCCGAGCGUCAUUACCAGAGACCGCUACCACGUUUGCCACUAUCGUGCUCGACGUGAUCACGGAGAACGACGAUAACCCAGUCGUCCAACUAGGCUUUGACGCGGUCUAUUACACAGGAUCGUACGGCACUACUGGACUUUCCAUGGAUUCACGAAUCGUUUUGUCGGAAGGAUUCGAAGAAGGAGUCCACUUUAGUUUGGAAGGAGCUGAUGCGCAAUGGUUCCGUGUGGUCCCAACCCAGAAUGUGGCAACCUUGGUUGUCCAAAGUGGUAUACCGGAGGCGGUGCUCGUAAGCAAUCAGCAGCUCGUGUUUACUAUUAAGGCUGAAAGACUUGGAAGCAUCACAGCCCAAGCCGCAAUUGUUAUUUCUCUUCCGGAUGAAAAUCUAGAGACCUCGACCAUCGGGUUUGAAAGAGUUUCCUACGUCGGGUCCAUAGAAAACAACGUGGUGAAUCUAGUGCCGAUAACACUGACGGAGGGAUACACGAAUGACGUCCAGUUGGCUUUAUACGGAGCACUUUCUGAGUACUUCACGAUUCCGAAUGACGGACCCGUCAUCAAUUUACAAUUGCCAACCCCCAUCCCUACCGACCUGAUACCUGCAAGCGGUACCAUUGUGCUCGACAUCCGAGCGUCGUUACCGGAGACCGCUACCACGUUUGCCACCAUCGUGCUCAACGUGAUCACGGAGAACGACGAAAACCCAGCCGUCCAACUAGGCUUUGAUGCGGUCUAUUACACAGGAUCGUACGGCACUAGUGGACUUUCCAUGAAUUCAAGAAUCGUUUUGUCGGAAGGAUUCGAAGAAGGGGUCCACUUUAGUCUAGAAGGAGCCGAUGCGCAAUGGUUCCGUGUGGUCCCAGCCCAGAAUGUGGCAACCUUGGUUGUCCAAAGUGGUAUACCAGAGGCGGUGCUCAUUAGCAAUCAGCAGCUCGUGUUCACCAUUAAGGCUGAAAGACUUGGAAGCAUCACAGCCCAAGCUGCGGUCGUCAUUUCUCUGCCAGAUGAAAAUCUAGAAACCUCGACCAUCGGGUUUGAAAGAGUAUCUUACGUCGGGUCCAUAGAAAAAAACGUGGUAAAUCUAGUACCUAUAAGACUGACUGAGGGGUACACGGACGACAUCCAAUUGGCUUUAUACGGAGCACUAUCUGAAUAUUUCACGAUUCCGAAUGACGGACCCGUCAUCAAUUUACAAUUGCCAACCCCCAUCCCCGCCGACUUGAUACCUGCAAGCGGUACCAUUGUUCUCGACAUCCGAGCGUCAUUACCGGAGACCGCUACCACGUUUGCCACUAUCGUGCUUGACGUGAUCACAGAGAACGACGAAAACCCAGCCGUCCAACUAGGCUUUGAUGCGGUCUAUUACACAGGAUCGUACGGCACUAGUGGACUUUCAAUGGAUUCACGAAUCGUUUUGUCGGAAGGAUUCGAAGAAGGAGUCCACUUUAGUCUAGAAGGAGCCGAUGCGCAAUGGUUCCGUGUAGUCCCAACCCAGAAUGUGGCAACCUUGGUUGUCCAAAGUGGUAUACCAGAAGCGGUGCUCGUAAGCAACCAGCAGCUCGUGUUUACUAUCAAGGCUGAAAGACUUGGAAGCAUCACAGCCCAAGCCGCAAUUGUUAUUUCUCUUCCGGAUGAAAAUCUAGAGACCUCGACCAUCGGGUUUGAAAGAGUUUCCUACGUCGGGUCCAUAGAAAACAACGUGGUGAAUCUAGUGCCGAUAACACUGACGGAGGGAUACACGAAUGACGUCCAGUUGGCUUUAUACGGAGCACUUUCUGAGUACUUCACGAUUCCGAAUGACGGACCCGUCAUCAAUUUACAAUUGCCAACCCCCAUCCCUACCGACCUGAUACCUGCAAGCGGUACCAUUGUGCUCGACAUCCGAGCGUCGUUACCGGAGACCGCUACCACGUUUGCAACCAUCGUGCUCGACGUGAUCACGGAGAACAACGAAAACCCAGCCGUCCAACUAGGCUUUGACGCGGUCUAUUACACAGGAUCGUACGGCACUACUGGACUUUCCAUGGAGUCACGAAUCGUUUUGUCGGAAGGAUUCGAAGAAGGAGUCCACUUUAGUUUGGAAGGAGCCGAUGCGCAAUGGUUCCGUGUGGUCCCAACCCAGAAUGUGGCAACCUUGGUUGUCCAAAGUGGUAUACCAGAGGCGGUGCUCAUUAGCAAUCAGCAGCUCGUGUUCACCAUUAAGGCUGAAAGACUUGGGAGCAUCACAGCCCAAGCUACGGUCGUCAUUUCUCUGCCAGAUGACAAUCUGGAAACCUCGACCAUCGGGUUUGAAAGAGUUUCUUACGUAGGGUCCAUAGAAAACAACGUGGUGAAUCUAAUGCCGAUAAGACUGACCGAUGGGUACACGAAUGACGUCCAGUUGGCUUUAUACGGAGCACUUUCUGAAUACUUCACGAUUCCGAAUGACGGACCCGUUAUCAAUUUACAAUUGCCAACCCCCAUCCCCGCCGACUUGAUACCAGCAAGCGGUACCAUUGUGCUCGACAUCCGAGCGUCGUUACCGGAGACCGCUACCACGUUUGCCACCAUCGUGCUCGACGUGAUCACGGAGAACGACGAAAACCCAGCCGUCCAACUAGGCUUUGAUGCGGUCUAUUACACAGGAUCGUACGGCACUAGUGGACUUUCUAUGGAUUCACGAAUCGUUUUGUCGGAAGGAUUCGAAGAAGGAGUCCACUUUAGUUUGGAAGGAGCUGAUGCGCAAUGGUUCCGUGUGGUCCCAGCCCAGAAUGUGGCAACCUUGGUUGUCCAAAGUGGUAUACCAGAGGCGGUGCUCAUUAGCAAUCAGCAGCUCGUGUUCACCAUUAAGGCUGAAAGACCUGGAAGCAUCACAGCUCGUGCUGCAAUCGUCAUUUCUUUACCGGAUGGAUCGCAGUCAGGGGAAAAUUUGACAUUCGAAAAAGUUCUAUAUCGCGGCAGUAUUCAAGACGGUCAAGUCGAUCAUGAGGAUAUUAUAGUCUCGGGAUUUGAUGGAACUACUGUGACUAUAAUUGGAGAACAUUCAGGUUUAUUCGAGGCUACCGCGACGAAUGGGAUGGUGACAGUAAAAGCGCAGGGAUCGCUGAACCUCCCAGCUGAAAUCACACGAGUGGACCUUGAACUUCGUGCUGGCACAGCUAGAGCAGUGCUUCUCCUUAACGUUGGAGAAACAGACCCUGUUCCUGCACCGCCACCUACAGUUACCUUCACUUCGGAUUCCUAUGCGGUAUCUGUGGAGAUCGUGCAGACUGGCAUCAUUGGCAGAGUGUUGGCAACUAGUGACAACGAGGAACCAAUCACUUACUCACUGUCUGACCUCAACGCACAUCUUCAGUCUCGUCUCUCAAUAAACAAUGAGGGUGAACUGUUUUUGUCUGCCCCAGCCAACAGCGGGGUGUACACUUUCCGAGUUAUUGCCACUACAGAUACUACAGAAGCUACGGCCACAGCCACGGUUCAUCUAACAGUGCAAGCUAUCACGACAUGUGGUGAUGAAAUUGUGGUGCCGCCGCUAAUCACUUUGGACAGAGACGAGGAAGAGCCACACAAUAAAUUGGUUGUUCUUCAGCCAACGCUACACGCCGGCUGUCAUUUCACUCUAAAUAGCCUGUACCCGUCUGAUCAAGACUGGCUAUUUGUCGAUGAUAACGGACUUCACGCCAGAGUCAUUGAUAGAGAACACCCAUCCAUAGCUUUCAUGACUCUAUCGCAAGUUCAAGUAGAACUAAUAUUACAUUGCGAGAGCGACAACAAUAUACGUACAAAACGAUCAGAGCGAACAGAUUGGUUCAGCGAAAUCGACUACGGGACGAAAAAUUGGAUUCUUACGGAUUCAAUACCGUACAACUCAAGGCGAAGCUUAGUGAAUCUAAUAGUUAACGAUAUCAACGAUAACGAUCCGAUAUUUGUCGGAAAGGAACACGAACCUAUUGCAGUAGGAUACCCCAUUGAUGAGCUCGAAGAGAGAAUAUUACCUCGCUCCUUAGCUGAGCUAAAGGCAACGGACGCGGAUAUAGGAUGGAAUGCCAAGCUGCGGUACUGGAGUUCCGAGAGCGUAUUAGCGGUGGCUCCUACCACGGGCUUUGUGCACGUACAAAGUUCUGCGAGCCUCGUGAACAACCAAAUACUUACCGUGCAUGCUACCGACCGCAACGGAGAAGGAAACUCUGGAUCAAUACAACUUGUGGUAAAACUGUUAACUGCGAACAAUAUUGCUGUAGUGACGGUAAAAAAUUCCUUCCUAGAUCAAGAAGCUAGUAUUUUGGAACGGUUAAGUGCAGCUGUCGGUUAUGAUGUUAAAACCUUGAGAUCAGAAGUAAUAUCUGAGGAUGCAGACCCCGGCCGUCAAGAUUCAGGAGCAAGCCUGCAACUUUAUGUGUAUGGGUUGAUCAGCAGAGAACCAGUUGCAGUAGAACUGCUUGUUGAAAACAUAAACAGCAAUUCAGAAAUUGUGAAUGUAAUAAGUACAGUAUCUCUAGAAGAUCAUCUCGAAGAUAUUAUCGUGAUACAACGUAACAAUGGCCUGUUGGCUUCUACCAUAGCUCUUAGCAUUCUACUCUUUAUACUAAUGGUGCUAAUAGCCGUUUGGUACUACCUUAGAUGGAGGAAAAACAAAAGCUACGACCAAUUCAGUGACAAGAACAGUAUAGCAUCAAGGAAUGAGUCACUCGGUGACCUGUCGAAGCCUGCCGAAAUCCCGCCAGUUCCCUUGCAACCGAGGUUAAACAUUGAUGAUCUGAAAAAAAGUGAAAGAAGGCUACAAGAAAUGUUAGACGCUCCUAUUGAAGCGGUCACAGUUGAACCAGUUCCAUCGAGAUCAGAGCCAACAGCUCCCCCUCUCGAAGCCAUCCUUGAUAUUUCGAUGCCUGAAAUUAAUGUUCCAAUAGUCAUCCAAUCUAUAGACAAGCUAAAAGAUGCUGAAGAAUCGGAUGACGAAUUUGGCGAAGUUGGUGAAGUUAGUAAAACACCAAGAAAAUCUGUUGUGACGUUCAACGAAAACGUUGAAAAGAUUAUACACGUAGAAGACGAUACUGACAAUAGUUCUCAGUCCGGCUACGAAAUUUAUAAGUUUUAAGAACUUUUUCUAUCUUCUACAGACUUGGUCAGGACAAGGUACAUGGACAAGUCUACAGACUCUAAAAGCAAAAGUUGUUCAAAUAUUUAAGAAACAAACACAACAUUGCUGAUCGUGAUAGUGAUAAAGUAAUCGAACUCUUUUUUUUAUAAUAAAUAUACAAAAUAUUAAUCAUAACCUCAUUUUUUAUUUACAUUUAAAAGUACAACUAGAAAACUACUUAUAUUAACCAUCAAAAUGUUGAAUGACGAACCCAAAAAUAGACCUGCUUCUUUUUAAUGAGACUAUUAAACCAAAUUUGGAACUUUGAGAGGCAUUGUCCUAUUUGAGUCCCACCUUCAGAUGGUAUCACACUUCCUAAAGUAAUUUAUUAAGAUCUCUACAAUAAACAAGUGUACUCGAGAAAGGCUUUUAGAAAAGUUGUUUGCGAUUUCGUCCUGUUAUUUUAUGCCGUUGGAAAACGCAUUUGAAAGUCAAUAAUGUUGUUUAGUCGAUAGAAAUAUAGUUCGACAACAUACGCUAGUGCACACUAAUUACUUUCGGCGGUUUGAACGGUUAAAAAUACGCUCACAUCCUAUAUAUUGUUAUUCUGUCAUGUUUUAUUUAUUGCCAUUGUGAACAAAUAGGCCGCAAGCGAUUUUAUUUAAAACACGACUGUCCUAAAACUUUACAAGUCUAGAAUAAACGAGAGGUAGUGUUGUUGGGUGUAAUCGGAUACAUUAGGAUCUUUCCACUGGUCGGACGAGUUUUGGAGACCAACAUAGCGAACAGACACAAACAUGUACCAAUAUUAUGACUAAACUCGUAUUUACAGUUAUCCUUCGGUGGACCGUUUUUUUAAUGUUACCUACAUAUAGGAUUUAAUAUUCAAGGCGCACUUGAGAUAGUAUCUGUGACAUUUUCGAACACGGUUGAUAAAAAGUGCGAGGCAUGGAUCAUCCAGUACGCCCCCAGCCUGUUGAGUCGCGCUCUAUCAUUCUAAACUCCAAAACGGAUAGUAAUUGCUGUCAUCAUUCAUCCUGUAAGACUAAACAUUACUAUUGUUAUAAAAUUCAAACAAAAAACUACGUCGAUGCAUAAUUUAGAAUCAAUACAUUAUAUUUUUUUGAUGACAUAACAUUCCAUAAAGAAAUAUAGGUGUAAAGAGCAUUGUGACUGAAAAAACGCUUACAUAAUUUCGUGGUACUGAUGUUAAUAUAUUGUUUUGACAAAUGUAAGGUUUACAUCACUUCCUAGACACUAUCAUGACUUACGACAUAGUAACUCGUGUUUAGACUAUUUAGCGAUGAAGCCUCUACCAACGCGUCCUAAUUACAAAUACAAAGGAAUAUACAAAUAUAGAAUUACUUUUUCUCAGUAUUUGUGGUUAUUAGGAAGAUUUUUUAGGUGAACAUAUUUCUGUUGUUUUCAUGUGCUUACAUAGUUCACAUUCAUGUAUGGUGUUAAGUAAUAUAAUAUUUUACUUGCGAAAACUUGCUUCAGCGGCUUCUUUAAUCUUAAAUUUAUAAUCGAAUUCUUCUCCUUAUCACUUAGUAUUAAAAGUAACGCUCCUCAUUUUUAAAUAUUGGCAAGACCUGCUCUGUAAACUCCCCUGCAACUUACAUUUUUUUUUGUAUUUAGAGUGCUGUGGAGUAACAAAAUUCGAUCACUAUUUUUAGCCGCUACAGAGUAAAAAAAUCUUGAUGUUUAGACUAAGAAUUAUUCCAUUGUUGUCAAAUAAUUCUAGUCAUGUAAAAUGACUGCACGUGAUACGCUACCUGAAUUGAAUGUACGAAAACCGGAUGAAAGUAGCAAACUAAACCAGAAUAAAGCCAAAA